AUGAGCAAAUUCACGUUUCUUGUUGUCUACGUCAUCCUUAUUCUAGGAUUGAUGGUGAAUGAGAUUCAAGGACAAGAAGGAAUGUGUCAUAGGGUUUUAGGAGAGGUAGGCUGCGGUAUUGGCUCGUGUACCGCUUUGUGCUUACAAAUAUUGAAAGGAAUGGGCAAGUGUGUUGCGACUGAUCGAGGCUUAAUAUGCCUUUGCAACUUUCGUUGCAUUUCUUGA